ACGCCAUCUUCCUCUCUCCCUCAGGGUUUUACACCUCUUCAACCCUCAUCUCACUUCACCCAUGGAGUCCCUCGCUAAACUCAACCCCCGCCACCAACCCCUCCACCUCUCCAUCAAUCCCCACCGUCCAUUUUCACCAAUCCCCAUCUCCUCCCUCCGCCCCCGCCCCUCCUCCUCCCCCCAACACUUCUCCUCCCUCAAAAUCCGCGCCUCCUCCUCCUCCUCCCCGCCUCACCAAGCCCCCCAAAACCCUAAACCCUCCUUACUCCAAACCCUAUCCCCUCUCGCCUGCGCCGCCAUCGCCGCCGCCGCAUUCUUCACCAUGCGCUUCCACCCCGCCAAGCCCGCCCUCGCCGCCCCAAUGCCGUCCACGGAAGAAACCGCCGCAAAGAUGACGUACGAGGACGGCGAGAGACAGAUUGAGGAGCAAUUGAGCCGCAACCCGGACGACGUCGACGCCCUCCGGUCUCUGAUGGAGGCGAAAGUCAAAGCCCACAAGCUGGCCGAGGCGGUCGAGGUCCUGGACCGGUUGAUCCAGCUCGAACCGGAAGACUUCGAGUGGCAGUUGCUCAAGGCCAAUGUGCACACCUACAUGAGUGAAAAUGACCUAGCUGCUAGUGAAUUCGAGGACAUUUUGGUCAAGGACCCUCUUCGAGUGGAGGCCUAUCAUGGGCUGGUGAUGUCUGCUUCGCAGUCGGAGGAGAAGUUGGAGCUUGUGUUGAAGAGGAUUGAGAAGGCAAUGGAGGCCUGCAAGAAGAAGGGGAACACUUCGGAUGUGAGGGACUUUAAGUUGCUGAUUGCUCAAAUUCGGGUGAUGGAGGCCGAAUACAAGGAUGCGUUGGAGCUUUAUCAGGAGCUUGUCAAGGAGGAGCCGAGGGAUUUCAGGCCGUAUUUGUGUCAGGGGAUUAUAUACACUCUGUUGAGGAAGAAGAAUGAGGCUGAGAAACAUUUCGCCACGUUUAGGAAGCUGGUUCCCAAGAAUCAUCCUUACAAGGAGUACUUUGAUGAUAACAUGUUUGCCACCAAGCUUUUUGGGGCAAAGGUGGAGAGGGAGGCGGCGGGCUCGAAUGUGUGAGGUGAGGGAAAGUGUCGCUGGGUUUGAGGUUAUUGUGGCGAUGGCCUUCACUACCGGGUUAGUGUUUUCAUUGGGAAUGUAGGUAAUGUAGUGGUAGUAGUGCUAUACGUAUUCAGAAUGUAGAGGUAUCGUGAGAUUUUAUCAGUGAGAUUUAGUACUUGGUUGAAUUAGUUGUGUCUCAAUUUUGAAGUUAUAGAUAGAAAUUUUAUUUUAUGAUCCCUUACAUGAAACUGUAUGGUGCAUGUAGUUAAUGUGGGAAUGUUUCUUUGUUGCCAAAAUGGUUGAAAUAAGUCUACAUGAUGGUAAACACUUUGGAUCGUA